AUGCCACGUCUGCCAAAGAAGGAGAAGAUUGAGCCUGCCUCAAGCAACGUCGGCACGGUGUGGAGCGAGAAUGCACCUAUCAAGAGUGAGAACGCACCCAUCAAGGGUGAGAACGCUCUGGGCAAGAGUGAGAACGCACCUAUCAAGAGUGAGAACGCUCUGGGCAACGAGAAGAAGCAGAAGAGGAAGAGGAAGAGGACGAGGACGAGGAAGGCUCGCGGCAGGAAGAAUGCUGUGGCUGAGGGCGAGGAGGUCGGCAUAAAGGGGGAAGAAGAGCAGAGGAAGAAGCAGAGGACUCUGUGGAGCGAGAAUGCACCUAUCAAGAGUGAGAACGCUCUGGGCAAGAGUGAGAAGAAGCAGAAGAAGAAGAGGAAGAAUGCUGUGGCUGAGGGCGAGGAGGUCGGCAUAAAGGGGGAAGAAAAGCAAAAGAGGAAGAGGAGGAGGAAGCAGAAGAAGCAGAGGACUCUGUGGAGCGAGAAUGCACCCAUCAAGAGUGAGAACACUCUGGGCAAGAGCGAGAACACGCCUAUCAAGAGUGAGAAUGCUCUGGGCAAGAGCGAGAAGAAGCAGAGGAAGAAGAGGAAGAAUGCUGUGGCUGAGGGCGAGGAGGUCGGCAUAAAGGGGGAGGAAAAGCAGAAGCAGAAGAGGAAGAGGAAGUUCCGAGACCGUCGCGGCAGGAAGCCUCUGAACUGCUUCUUUUUCUUUGUCAUUCACAACAGGGCGGGGGUGUGGGCCGAUAACCCCACUGUGAAGCGCCCAACCAUCGCCAAGAUCCUCGGUGCGAUGUGGCGUGCGCUACCUGAUGACGAGAAGGAGCCCUACAUCACCAUGGCCUACAAGGACAGGCAGCGCUACGCGGAGGAGCAGGCGGCGGCGGCGGCGGCGGCGGUGGUGGCGGCGGCAGCAGCAAAACCUGUCUGCGACGCUGUCAAAGCAGAGCCCAAGUGA